AUGAUUAAGUUUUUCCUCAUUGUGAAUCGUUAUGGCCAGACACGUCUUGCUCAAUACUAUGGCGAGCGUCCAUCAAUAGAGGAACGCCAAAAGCUUGAAAGUGAAAUUAUUCGUCAAUGCGUUUCUAGAAAUGAACAAAUGUCAUUCACAUUUCACCAUGGCGAUUUAAAGAUUGUCUACAAGCGUUAUCUUGCUAUUUAUUGCAUUGCUGCUGUCGAAGAAGAUUCAAACGAAAUUGCUGUCGUUUCAUUCUUCGAUUUCUUCUUCCAAACACUCAGAGAAUACUUCGGCGAUAUUACAGAAUUCCAUAUUCUUUAUAAUCUUCCUCAAGCCUAUACAGCUCUUAAUGAAAUCAUUGUUGAUGGUCAGAUUGUCGAAACUUCAAAGCAAAAAGUUGUUACAAUGCUUAACUCUAUCUACAUCUAA